UCAGAACUCGAUUCCAAGUAAGUAUUUUUACGUCAAAUCAAGUAGUAUUCCAACACUGAAGGUUAUUACUUACCUUCAUGUUGAACGUGGAGUUAGAAGUUCAGCUUUUGCAUUAUGCUACCUUGAGUCACUUAACCUUGCUCUAGCUGCCACGGUUUCCCAAGGGGAGAGAUCAAUGCUAAAGACAAAAGUUUCCUUUUCCGGCAGAAACAAACUGCUAAUUGAGAUCGACGGUUAUGGAGAAUACUUCAUCUCCUUCAUAAAAGCUAUAUGGGACAUUUUAAAGGCAUUCUCUUGCCCACCAGCUGAGUUUCAGAUCUGCAAAGAAAAGGUUAGACGUAGUCUAAUAGGAGGUGUUUUAGACCCGGCAGACCUUUCCAAUGCUCUCAAUUCAAGAUGAAUUCGCUUGUGUUUAAUGACUUUACACAUUUCAUGGCUGAUAUCGGUACUAAGCUGUCAGUUGAGGGUUUUCUCUCUGGAGACAUAUCAAGAGCUGAUGCUGAUACAGUCUGUGGUUUGUUUGUUGGUCUUAAAACGUCACAGUUGACAGAGUCUAGAGAUCAUAGAGGCGAUCUCCGUUUACCUUCUGAUCAUAUAAUUAACAUUUGUGCAAGAAAAAUGUCCCAUGUUAAUUCUGUUGCUAAGGUAUGUUUUCAAAUUGGAGAUGAGUUGCAUAUUGCAGUGGACACAGCGCUUUUGCAUCUAUUCUCUUCUCUGAUACGAGAUGAUAUCACUGCAAAACUAAGGUUCCAAGAGCAUCUUGGUUACUCUGUUUCUGGUGAAACAGAUUAUGACCUUGGAAUCUUUUCCUUCACUAUAGUUUCCUGCGAUUACAACCCUGAGUUUCUGUCCUUGAAGAUAGAAGAUUAUGUGAAGAAUUUAGGUGUCUUUUUGAAAGGUGUUUCAGAUUCUGUGUAUGAAAAACGCAAGGGAAGCAUCGAAUUGUCUGGGGAAGAGGAAUCUCUGUGGGAACAUCUAUCUGAGCAGAGUCCUGAUGGUUUCAACAGGUCUGUUACCAGUUGCCUGAAAAAAAUACAUAAAGAAGAUAUUAUCAUCUUCUACAACAAGUGGUUCCUGAGUAAACGCCCAUUCUCUAUUCGCGUUUGGUGUUGCAAACUCUACAGCAAGUAUUUGGAUUCUACCAAUGCAGAGAAUUAGUUGAUCACUUAGAAACAAGAAGACAACAGGAAAACAAACUAAGUUUCUCUCUUCCUCUACUUUUUUUUACCGCUCUUUAAACUGAUUUUUGUAAAACUUGGAAAUGUUUUGUUUAUUAAUGUCAACUCAAGACGCAUUUAAUAUUUUACUACUUUUAAUGGUU